CUUGUUACUUUAAAGGAGAAGUCAUUCACAACUGGGAUUUUGGGUUUCAGGGUAGAAAUAGAAAAGGAUUCCCACAGAAGAUGCAUGCUCCAGCUGAAUCUUAAAGGAAGCCAAGGAUUCAGAAAUGAGGAAGAAGGGCAUUCCAGGCAAGCACACAGCCCAGUAUAAAGACAAGGAGAUAAGCCAUGGAGCCUCCUUUGUGAAGAAUAGCCCUUCAGGAUGCCAGGAGAUGCCUGUGACAUUUGACGAUGUGACCGUAUAUUUCACGGAGCAAGAAUGGAAUAUCUUAGAGGAGUGGCAGAAAGAGCUUUACAAAGAUGUGGUGACAACCAAUUAUAGAACCUUAAUCUCACUGGGCUAUGACAUUCCCAAACCAGACUUGAUAAUCCAGAUUGAACAAGGAGAAGAGCCAUUCAUCAGAGAUCAGAGACACUUGGGCACAAGGGAACUAACUGUUGAUUCCAGGACUGAUGAGCCUCGUGACUUGAAGAACACACAGGAUCAACUGUUUUCUGGGAAUUCUACAUCUUCAAGUUCAAAAGAGCAAGAAAACCUCCAAAAACAGAAUUCUUCUUGGCUUUUACCAUUCCGCUGUAGUGAGUGUAAUAAGGGUUUCACCCACAAGUCUCAACUAGCCAAUCACAUCAGGAUACACAGAGAGAAGAAACCCUUCUUCUGCACCGAGUGCAAUAAGAACUAUGGCAGGAAGGACCGACUGCUCCGGCACCAGCGCCUGCACACAGGGGAGAGGCCCUUCCAGUGCCCUGAGUGUGACAAGAGCUUCCACCAAAAGGGCCAUCUGCUCAGGCACCUGCCCCUGCACACGGGGGAGAGACCCUUCCAAUGUCCUGAGUGUGACAAGAGCUUCCGAGUGAAAGCCGACAUGAAGGCCCACCAACGCCGGCACAGCGGGGAAAGGCCAUUUUCAUGUCCAGAAUGUGGUAAGGGCUUCACCAAACACUGCCAUCUUACCGAGCACAUCAGACUACAUACUGGGGAGAAGCCCUUCCAUUGCCCCGAGUGUGACAAGAGCUUUCGCCUGAAAGCGGACAUGAAGGGUCACUUGCGCACUCACAACAAGGCCAAAUCAUUCUGCUGCAGCGAGUGCGAUAAGGCCUUCUCCAAGCAGUCCAAGCUCACAGCCCAUGUUAAGGUGCACACCAAGAAACAGCACUACAAGGGCCUGCUCCAUGGAUUGAUGGACCUGGACUGGAGUUAA